AUGCAGGUGACCCUGUGUGCCACCAAAAAGAAGAAAAAGUCUGGAACCACAGUCAGCCUCUGGGAUUUGAACCCAGGGACUGGGGAGGCGCCGAGGCUGGUCCUGGUCCUUGUGUUGGCUUUGUUUGCUCCUGGGACCGGGCCCCACGUGCCGACGCGUCCAGAAGUGGCUAGAGCCCCGUGGAGAGCGUUCCCGUCCCAGAGCAAGGCGACGCCUCUGGAAAGAAGGCGCAGGCCCGGACCACCUGGGCGUCCAGGGCACGCCCCACUCAGAGACGGCAAAGAGAUCAAGAGACGCAGUGUCUGCGGUGUCCGAGACGAAAGCUCCCGAACCAGCGAGCACGUCAGACAAAAGCAAUGUGCGUUUCUUCAACACAAGAUUUCCUCCCCCAAAACAGCAUCAGACUGUCGGAAGCCGGGCAGCGUUCCAAAGUGGCAGAAGUCCGUCCCUCAAACACAGCCCAGCGAGGCAGCUCUUAGUGCUUUGGUUUCCAGACCCGGGAGACUGAAAGACGAGAACACCCAUCAUGCCUUCCAGAGGAUGGGAAUUCUGACACCUGCUACCGCAUGGACGGACCUUGAGGACACUGUGCUGGGUGAAAUACGCCCGUCACAGAAGGACAAAGACUGUCCGGUUCUACUCACACGAGCCUCCCAGACUUGUCGAAUCCCUCCAGACAGUGGAACGGACUGGGGGCCAGGGGCAGGGGUGGGGAGAAGGGGGGGUUAGUAUUUAAUGGGGACAGAGCUUCUGUUUGGGACAGAGAAGCUCUGGGGAUGGAUGGCGGGGAUGGCUUCACAAUGACUGAACUGUACCCUUAAAAAUGGGCCAAGAUGGUACAUUUUUUGUUCUGUGUAUGUUACCAAAAUUUUUUGAAGUGUGGUCCCCAAUUUUUUCUGUGUGGCCUCCAGCAGUGCCCCCGGCCCAGCCAGCGCCACUGCAGGCUGCCUGCACGGGCUCUGACACGGUCACGGCCUCCCUGUGCCCUUACGCACUUAAUCUCCCCUACAUGGACUCACCUUCAUUGGACAAGACUCUUUGAUAAGAAACUUCAUAUCCCCAGUAUAAAGAAAACCCACGGUGGGGGGGCCAUCAAGAGAAGGCGUGAUCAUGGGAGUAAUACACGAAAACCACA